AACUAGCAUUGCUAGUCAAGCACCCGUCGUACACAUUGUAUCGACGUUAAAAAUAUGGUCGACAUUUAUGUAUAGUAUACCUAGUAACAUGCGAGUGAUCACUUGUAAAGACUAUUUAAAUAUAUACGUAGGCGUACGGUCUUCAAAUGAAUCUAUCAUCAUAACUCGUAGUUUCCUUUUGCACAACUUAGUGCAAUGGGAAAAUGCGUAGUUGGAGAAGUAUAGCAUAUGAAAGGUCGGAAUAUCAAAUCCAGGAGAAGAACACGUAAAAAUUGUUGUGAAAACGAAUAUCUCUCCUAUAAACCGUUUUUUCUAUCGGUAGUCAAUUAUCGAACUCAUUUAUAACUACUCUAGCGGCACAAUUUCGAAGCUAGUGCGACCAUCGAAAAAUUUUUUUGACCUAUUAGAAGCGGAUCAAAUACAACAUUCAUCUUCUACUGCUUUUUGUCUAACUAUAAAGGCUUGUUUUUUCUAUUUUAGCUAAAGCACCUACAGUCGCCCCUCCAAUAUGUCCAGCGUUCGUAACAGCUCAAACAUCGUGCCUUGCUUUAUCACCCGUAUGUAACGGAGUAUGCAAAGCAAGUCUCACCACUGUUGCAACAGGUCUCAACAACAUCUACGACAUAACGACGAAUUCGGGAUACGUAUAUGUUGUCAAUGCAAAUAAAGGAAACGUUGAAAAGUUCAGAUUGGAUAACACCCCAAGUAGUAAAACUACACCCACCGUUGUCGCCUCGAAUCUUGUUAAUCCAUGGGGUGUAUAUGUUACCUCAGAUGCUGUGUAUGUAUCGGAUACAUUCAAUCAUCAAAUAAAACGGUAUCCUACGGGUGCGAAUCCGGCGACCGGUGGAACGGUGGUGGCUGGAGGAAAUGGUAGCGGCUCAGCUCAAAAUCAACUCAGUUAUCCCUAUGGUUUAUUUGUCGAUUGUGCAGGGAACAUUUACAUAGCCGAUAGUCAUAACAACCGUAUAGUACGAUGGGCACCAAAUGCUAAGACAGGAUGCACCGUGGCAGGCAAGCCGGGCGGCAAAGCAGGCAACGCGUUGACGGAACUUAAUUUUCCAAUAGAUGUUCGCUUUGACAACCAAGGAAAUAUGUUCGUUGUCGAUUCAAAUAAUUAUCGUGUUCUCAAAUAUGUGCCUGGUUCAUCGACUGGCAUAGUUGUGGCUGGUAAUGGGCAGAAAGUAAACGGUUUCAAUACAGCAAUUGGUUUUUACGUUGAUGCGUGUGACACGGUGUACCUCGGCGCUACCAGAGGCGUCAUCAAGUUUCCUCCCGGUACGAAUGGCACUGGUAUUCCAGUUAUCGAAAGCGGAUAUACGGGUGGCAUAGCAGUAGAUAAUAAGGGAACUUUAUUCAUUGGAUCAAGAGGAGGCAAUGUAGUUCAAACAUGCACACUGUCAUCGGGGACACAAGUGACACAACCACCAACUAGUAAGACGAAUAUUGAUCUUUCUAGCUGA